ACCUCGCACCAGCCAGCAGCGAGCGAGCGAGCGAAGGCAGGCAGGCAGGCAGGCUACUGAAGAAGAAUGGAGAGGGCUGCCACUCCGCUGCUACCAUGAACUACCACGAACAAGUAACACAGAAAGCAUAGAGUCAAGACUCGGUCUAACAUUGCCAGUCCAGCAGCAACACACCUACGGCUCCUUGACAUCUGGAUGUAGCACAACAAGGGUUUCCACCUUCUUCCCUCCUGUGACAAAUGUUGAGGCCAGAGUGAGGACAGAAGAGUGACCAAACCAGCUUUUGUCUCAUGAGUGUGUGUGUGCCAACCAGGCACUGCCAGUGACCAGGGCUGUGGCUGUGGUGGGCCCGGCCCAGGGGGUCUUUGUACACAUCACUCCAGGCCCUCGUUGACCUGUGCUGCUCACACCAUGGAUCCACAGAGGGACAAAUAUGGCGAGCGGUCUGCGAGGAACACUAAAGUUUCCCAGGGAAGUCGCAGUGGACACUCGUCCCGACCGUCAGGCUCCUCCAGUUCCUCUGGGGUUCUCAUGGUGGGCCCAAAUUUUCGUGUUGGCAAGAAGAUUGGCUGUGGAAACUUUGGUGAAUUGAAGCUAGGUAAAAAUCUCUACACCAACGAGUAUGUAGCUAUUAAACUGGAACCAGUGAAGUCAAGGGCACCGCAGUUGCAUUUAGAGUACCGGUUCUACAAAACGCUGGGAACUACAGCUGAAGGUGUGCCCCAAGUGUUUUACUUUGGACCUUGUGGAAAAUACAAUGCCAUGGUUCUGGAGCUCUUGGGCCCAAGUCUAGAGGACCUCUUUGACCUCUGUGACAGGACCUUUUCAUUGAAGACGGUCUUAAUGAUUGCAAUCCAGUUGAUAUCUCGAAUGGAGUAUGUGCAUUCUAAAAACCUUAUCUAUAGAGAUGUAAAACCUGAAAAUUUUCUCAUUGGACGGCAAGGGAAUAAAAAGGAGCACAUUAUCCACAUUAUUGACUUUGGCUUGGCCAAAGAGUACAUCGACCCCGAGACCAAAAAACACAUUCCAUACCGGGAGCAUAAGAGCUUGACUGGCACUGCCCGCUACAUGUCCAUCAACACGCAUUUAGGCAAAGAGCAAAGCCGACGAGAUGACCUGGAGGCUUUAGGUCACAUGUUCAUGUAUUUUCUUCGUGGGAGUUUGCCAUGGCAAGGACUUAAGGCUGACACACUGAAAGAGCGAUACCAGAAGAUUGGAGACACUAAACGAAACACUCCCAUCGAGGUCCUUUGUGAGAACUUCCCAGAGGAGAUGGCCACUUACCUGCGAUAUGUAAGACGGCUAGACUUCUUUGAAAAGCCUGACUAUGAAUAUUUGAGGACUUUAUUCACUGAACUGUUUGAGCGCAAAGGAUACACCUUCGACUACACAUAUGACUGGGUUGGCAGGCAGAUACCCACACCGGUGGGAUCUGUCCAUAUAGACUCUGGGGCAUCUGCAGUCACAAGAGAGAGUCAUCCUCACAGAGACCGGACCUCUGCACACCCACCAAUAAGAAAUCAGACAGCAGUCUCUGAUCGACGAGGAGCAUGGGAAGUGCAGCCCACUCGCCAAGCAAACUCCUCCUACCUGACCUCGCACCUAGCAGCAGACAGGCAUGGGGGCUCAGUGCAGGUGGUCAUCUCAACCAACGGGGAGCUGAAUGCUGACGAUCCACUCGCAGCUCAUUCCAAUGCGCCGAUUACCGCCCAGGCAGAGGUGGAAGUGGUUGACGAGGCCAACUGCGUGAAAAUGCUCAACCUGUGGUGCUGCUGCUUCUUCAAGCGAAAACGGAAGAAGAACACGCCGCGGCACAAAUGAUCAUCUCCACGCAGCCUGAAACACUCUGGCUCAAUUCUUUGUGAUGACCGAAAUCAGUGAGGUUCCAUUCAGAAUCCAAACGGAGGAAAAGGAGAGCUCUCUAUUGCAGCGUUUUCUGAAAGGACUGGUAAUUUUUUUUUUUUUUUUUUGGGGACACUUGUCAUUUGCUGGGAAUCUUUUUUUGUUUGUUUGUUUUUUUUUCAUCCAGGAUGUGUGGGAUAACAUUUUGUUGGAACUUUUGCAAAGCAUAAUUUUGCUCAAGAUGCAUUUUUCUCCUUUUGACAUCUUUUCUCCUCCUGGGGUUUUUGAUUGAUUGUUUGACUGGCUAAAUUGUGUUUUCAUUUCGCCGUCGCUAACUCAUUUUGCUUUUGGGUAUUCCUGAUGUUGGACUGAAUGUAAACCAUAUGACACAUGAGGAGCCAAGAGCCUAAACCGCUUAGAUUAGCUUGUGCACUUUUUGCCUCCAAAGAGGUGAACCGUGGGACCAGUGAGCACAGGAGACUACACACACACACACACACACGUGCACACCUCCUACACUGUGUUCUCAGAGGAGGAAGGCCGCCCCGGCUCUGUGGUCAAAGUGCCCCUCUCGACACACUACAAUCCCUCCAGACUCUUGUCCUGUUUUAUGAUCUCUUGGAGUUGGACUGGAAAAAGAAACUAUUUAUGAUAUUUAUCUCUUGGUUGCCACCAGUUUUCCUACUAAUUCUUCAACAUACACACUGAAUGUAUGGACAGAAAAGUAAAUGACUUGGGAGCAUUUAUGAAAUUUAUCCUGUGCAUCGGAAGGAAAGAGACCAUUGUUAAAAGGUGAGACCAAAACUAAUGUGGAGAGGGGAUGUGAUGUUCUUAAGAUGGUGAAUAAUGGACUCUACAGCAGUAGUUGCUUUGGAGCUUCUCAAAACUACUGUUCACUGCCUUAAACCCAAACAACCACCUCAUUUUACUGGUGUAAAGAAGGCAUCUUAAUCAGAUGGUUGUUAGAUUUGCAGUAGUUUGUGGGGUUAAAUGAUUUAUAAAACAACAAAAAGCCCAAAGUUGCGACCUGUGAACGACUUUCUGAUGUAUUCCAAUAAAUGGAAGGUCCAGCCUGAUGCCUCACCCCCGCACUGCAAGGCAAUGCUCGAUGAUCCUGACUGUUGUCAACAUGGAUAGAGAUUAUGUCCACAUGAUUAAGUUUUGACUUGGUGUCACAGAGGGCUGCCUUGAAACAAUAUCCUCAGUAUGUCACCUUGCCUAUCCUCCUAACACAGUUUUUUAUUUUUUUAUUUCAUGUCUUGCUAAUGUGAACAUUUUAAAAUGCAAAUUGUUUGUUUAAUCCAAAUAGCCAUGGCUUUAUGAGUAAGGAAAGAGUAGCAAUGUGGAAAAAAAGCUUGAGACCAUGACUGCACUACUACAUUUGUUGACCGCAGAUUUCCUACUUUGUUCAUUCUUUAAAUGUGUUUUACUUGAGGUGUGUCUGCCUCAUGUGCCAGACCCCCCCCAAAUAGGUGCAGGGAAUACACUUUUUUAAUUUUCAUUCCACCUGCCUACUCCUCCUUUUUUGUGCAAUGUCCCUCUCCAUACACACACGAGCAUGCACACAUACAGUACGUACACAUGAAUCCACUCUCUCUAGAGGGCGGGAUGUGGAGUUAAGUGGACCUGCGCCCGCAUCUUUUUUUAAUAUAAUGUUGUAGAUGUCGCUAAAUAUCUCACUGAAUCCAUAUGCUUGUUGCGUGUAUUUACACUGUACAGCUUUUGGUUUGUUCUUAGCCCUCACUAGUCAAGUGAGGCCUAAGUUGUGUUAUUGAAAGUACUUGAAUAUGAACAUCUACGUGACCUUUUCUGAUAGUUUUAAGUCAUCAUUAUGAUAGUAACUGAGGGGAAUAGUGGGGGAAAUAGGCUAAUUGAAUGACAGGUAUUCAAUCCUUUGAGACGUCAUUGUGCCUCUUCACUGCUGGGCAGGUGAUGUUUGUCAGACAGGUCAUACAUAGUGAGAUGGAUAUCCAGACUGAAAUAGCCUUUCAUGUUUCCCCUGAAUUCCCCUUGUGCCAUUCCUGAGACUACUACAAGUCCAUGCCUUUGACCUGUGCCAGGAAAGUUGAAUGUUUUUUUUUUGUCUCCCCCCCAAAUUUUGUUUUACCAUCGCAUUUUUUGUGUCCUUGAUAUUAUAAUCUGUCCAUUUAAAAAAAAAAAAAAAAAAAAAAAAUCACAGCGCAUGGUGGCUGAACCCAGUUACCAGGAAUUGUUGGAAGAGAGCCAGGAAAAGUGUUGUGACAUCUCCAGAAGUGAGCUUUGCAGCUUCGUGUCUCUUCAUUUAACGGUGUACUGUAACAUUGACAGCUGUUCAUUUCCUUUGCGACUGUAUGGGUAGUAUGUGCAUGGCUUAUCCAGGGAAGAUGGCACUCUUUGUCUCCCGUGGAAAAUCUGUUGUCGGCUCUGUGAGACGUCGUAUGGCUUUCGGUCACCUAUAUGAAUCUGAAAAAAAGACAUUCCAUUCACUUUCCAGCCAAUUCUCCUCAAGCUCACCUGGAUUUUUGUUACAUCGGACUUCAAGUUGCGUGUGACAUCCAGAGGUGUGGUGUCAAAGAUGAGUAAAACAAAGCUAACGACGGUUCGACUGGGUAUGAUAGGCUUCGUUGUUUUUGGGUUCUCUGGCACUUUUUCCUCGUUGCUGUACUGUAGAAUUGUCUUGGACUUACUGUAUUUUUCUUUGAAGAAGAGGGUGACAUUUACUGCAAUGUUGUGAUACUUAUUUGAGAAUUGUAAAUUGUACAGACUUCACAAUUGUCUUUGUUCUUUUUGUUGGGAUUCCUUAUAAAAGCUGUAUUUUAUUUUAUUAUUAUGUUUUGGGUUUCCCCCUGCCUUUCAAACUAUAUCUGAGUUUAUUUUCCCCUCAAUACAAUUUUUUUCCCCCAGAGAGAUGAUUAGGAGAAAUCUUAAAACUGUAAAUAAAUAUUGUGUUGAAAUAUGAAUGUCACUUCAACAAUGUACUUUGAGUUAGUCAAGGGCUUCAAGAGUGAAGGACCCACAUUUGCUAUUUUUAUUUUUUCCUUUUUUAAAUUUGUUGAAAAAGCCUAAGAUCCUUUUUUAAUAUGAGUUGCCUGUUGUUCCCCUCCUUGGAUUCAUGUUAUACGAUUUUGUCCUACAUGAAAAAUCACUUUUUAUUCCCUCCAUGCCUAAAGGGAAAUCCCGUUUGCACCCCUUUUUUAUGUCAAAUAAAAGAUUUCUCCCCCUUU